UUUCCGGUUCUUAAUUUCAGGAUCAUUUCAAUGGCAGCCAUGUUAAUAGGCUGUGACCCCUUUUCUCUCAGUUUUCCGGGGGUACACCCCGUUGGAUAUUAUGGUCGAACCUGUCAUCCCCAUAGGUCAUACCCAUUCCCCCACAAAUCGUCGUUUGCUGUGGUGACGAUUUGAUGUGAAGGGGUGUCUGAUGUCUGUCCCUGGGAACGGCCUCGUUGAUAUUGAGCGAUAGGGGUGAGGGGUUAAAUGGGGACAGCGAAGUUCACCAAGGGACACCUCGUCUUUGCUUCAUCAUAAUAAAGUCAAUGGUUUAGCCUACUAGGUGAGGAGCGGAUCUGUCUCCCCUGUGUGUGGAAGGACCUGCAGCCAUGGCGGACGGUGGACAUCACCACCACAACAUCCUGCUCAACGGUGGCUCCUCCACCCCGGGCAGCGUGCAGCAGCAACAACAACAACAGCAGCAACAGCAGCAGCAGCAACAACAGCAACAAGCUUCAGCGCAGUCGGCAGAUGGUAGCGUCAUGAUCCCUUUGAGUAUGUCUGAUCUGAACACGCUGCGGGCGUGUGGGAUUCGCUUCAGCCCCGCGACUUCUGUCUCUGCCUCCUCCGCUUCCUCUUCCUCCUCGUCAUCGGUGACGGUGGCGCCCUCCCUUGUCGGGAUGAGCUCGGCACAGGCGGAUCAGAUGGUGGCCAGGAAUGGUAGCGGGGUCGGCGCCGGACCGGCCGUGAAUCAGGGCUCGGUGAACAUCAGCUUUAACGAAGCCGGGAAUGUUGUCGUGAACAACAGCCUCCCGGCUCAGCUGGGCGGCCAUCAUGUGGUGAUGGGGGCGAGCUCGGUGGGGGCGGAGCAGCAACCACAGCACGCGCAGCAGACGUUGCACAGCGGUGUGACGGCCGGGAGAGCUAAUGUGUCCGGCGUUCUUCACUCAAGCGAGAUCACAAGUAACGGCAUCUUGGAGUCGCAUCUGACCCCCCGGGAGAUAAGGGGAGACGCCCUUGGAUUGGGCGGGGACAACAGCGGUGGGGGGGCGGGAGACGUGGUGGUGGGCAGCAGCAGCAGCGGCGGUAGCAGUAGUGUCAUCGGUGUCGUCGGUGGUGGUGGUGGGAAGCUUACCGCGGCCACGCUCGCAGGAACCAACAACAACAACUCGGCUUCCGGAAUCAUCCAGGCGCUGGGGGCGGCAUUUAACCAGGUGGUGGUUGCGGCGGGGGGUGGGGGGAACCAGACGGGACUACUGCCUACCUCGCUGGGCGUGCCGCUCAACCAGAGCUCGCUGGUCAGCGGGAGCGAGAUCUUGACCCUCCCGGCGGGAUUGCUCAACGGGGGCAGCACCGCCACAGCCGCCACGGUCACCAGCCAACAGCUGCAGCAGCAGAUCCAGCAGCAACAGCAACAACUUCAGCAGCAACAGCAUCUUCAGGAACAGCAACAACAGCAGCAGCAGCUCCAGCAGGCUGUGGUGAACCCGUCCACGGUCAGUCUCCUCGAUGGCAGUCCCGGCAUUCUCUCCGCCCAUGACGGCCUCAAUGUGGGCGCGGUGUCUGCCGCUCGGAGCAUUUUGCAGCAGGCGGCGGACAGCGCGGCCUUGAGUUCAACGACGUUCAGCAACAGCAACUCUCUAGUGACCGUCAGCCUUAACUCUGCUCUCGGACAACAACAGCAACAGCAGCUGUGGAUGCAGCCGGAUCAGAGCGGGUUCGUCCCCGCUGCGACUGCCAACCUGGCGAUGGCGGGCAGCUCCCCUGUCUCCGGCACCAUCACUCUGCAGGGACCACCUGGCCACAUCGCCUUACAGCCGGGGACGAACUCGUCGGCGGGCUCGCAGCAGGCGGUGGGCUCUGGUGGUGGGGUCGUGGCACUGCAGCAGCAGCAACAACAGCAGCAA